AUGCGCCCGUGUCCGGGACGUGUCUCCCAGCUGGGGCCUGUCCCCCCCGUUCGGGACGUGUCCUGCAGCUGGGAGCUGUCCCCUGAUGUGAUAGAGGGGGAGCCCUAUUACCACUUCAGGCACCGCGGCACGGCGCAGCGCUCCCUGCGCACGCACGGCGGCUGGAACAUGCGCCUGAAGAAGGAGCCGCAGGUGCACUGGUUCGAGCAGCAGACCCUGAAGAAGCGCGUGAAGAGGAGCGUGGCCGUGGUGCCCACGGACCCCUGGUUCCACAAGCAGUGGUACAUGAACAACGGUGUGAGGCCGGACCUGAACAUCCUCGCCGCUUGGGGCAAGGGCUACACGGGCUCGGGGAUCGUGCUCUCCGUCCUGGACGACGGCCUGGAGAAAGACCACCCGGACCUGGCUGCUAACUACGAUCCGCUCGCAAGCUACGACUUCAACAGCAACGACCCCGAUCCCCAGCCCCGAUACACCGCGUGGAACGAGAACCGGCACGGCACACGUUGUGCUGGGGAAGUGGCGGCUGUAGCCAACAACCGGAUCUGCGGAGCAGGCGUUGCAUACAACGCUAAAGUUGGAGGCGUGCGGAUGCUGGACGGGUUCAUCACGGACAUCGUGGAGGCGCAGUCCCUGAGCUUCCAGCCGCAGCACAUCCACAUCUACAGCGCCAGCUGGGGCCCCGAGGACGACGGGAAGACCGUGGACGGGCCGGGGGUGCUCUCCAGGGAGGCCUUCUACAAGGGGGUCACCACCGGCCGGGGCGGCCUCGGCUCGCUCUUCGUGUGGGCCUCGGGCAACGGAGGCUUGCACCGCGACGACUGCAACUGCGACGGCUACACCAACAGCAUCUACACGCUGUCGGUGGGCAGCGCCUCCGCCAGCGGCCACGUGCCCUGGUACAGCGAGGCCUGCUCCUCCACGCUCACCACCACCUACAGCAGCGGCACCGUGAGCGAGAAGCAGAUCGUGACCACAGACCUGCACCACCGCUGCACCGACCGGCACUCGGGCACCUCCGCAUCGGCCCCCUUGGCUGCCGGAAUGAUCGCCCUGGCUCUGGAGGCCAACCCAGCGCUGACCUGGCGGGACAUGCAGCACCUCGUGGUCAGGGCCUCCAAACCGGCCCAUCUGCAGGCAGAAGACUGGGCUGUGAACGGGGUGGGACGCAAGGUGAGCCACCACUAUGGCUAUGGGCUGCUGGACGCGGGGCUGCUGGUGGAGCUGGCCAAGAAGUGGACGGGAACUCGGCCCCAGCGCAAGUGUUCGGUCAAGGCCCUUCACACCCCCCGGGACAUAGGCUCCAAGCUCUCCGUCUCCGUGAACGCCUCCUCCUGCUCCGGGAGGACCGAGGGCAUCCGCUCGCUGGAGCACGUCCAGGUCCAGCUGUCUCUGAGCUACAGCAGAAGAGGGGACCUGGCGAUCGCUCUCAGCAGCCCCAUGGGGACCACGUCCACCCUGGUGGCCGUGCGCCCCUACGACACCAGCCAGGAGGGCUACAAGGACUGGACCUUCAUGUCCACCCACUUCUGGGACGAGGACCCCCAGGGCACCUGGACCCUCCUGCUAGAGAACAAGGGUGAUGCCGAUAACGCAG